UUGUCAGUGGUGGGCUAACAUACAUUGGCAAAUGUGCUCCCAUCCAGUUGCACAGUAAAUUUUCAGCGCGCAAUAGCCAAUUCGCUUUACCGCCUGUCCAUUGCUUGGCACCAGACUAAGUAAGGAUGUCUACAGAAAUUCGAUAUUGUACUUGCGGAUGCUCAUGCGGUUCGCAGUAACAUGCGUGCGCAGAAAUUAUCUGACAAUUUUGGGACUGCAGAUUUUCCACUUUCUGAUUAGCGAUAGGUCUGACAAGUUAUCCAGUGUACCCCUGAAUCGUUGUUAGCAAUUCCUUGAAAACUUAUCGGUCAUGUCAUGUCACGGCUAGGAAUGUAUCGCAACGUCUGUAUUGCAUGUGGAACUAGUUCGCGUCCGCAGGUUGCUGAAUGAAAGAUAAAUAAAAAGGCAACAUUUCUAAUGCAUUCUCUUUUUUUAUUAAUAAGAAUCGGAUACUUUGUUGAUCAAAGCUUGAACACAGCGAUAGAAUUCAUAAGAAUUUUGCAAUGGACGCGACAAAGUUCAAUUUGGACCGGAGCCCUGUGCUUCCCAAACCAACGGCUGACCUUCCAGAGGGUUUACCUUUCAGCUCUCCUAAACGGCGCUUCGUGAAGGUUGGGAGGAAACCAAGUGAUGGCUCUUCACAGUCCGGCUCCUCUGGUUCCAGUAUUAGGUCGGCUGACAGUGGGAGCGCCUCUGUCGUUAGACAGCCAUCCAGAAGUCGCAUCCGUCGCCAUACCAACCGUCUGUCUGCCGUGUUCCAGCGAGGCUCCGUCCAUAACGCUUCCAUGAUUUUACCCGGGUUACGUGGCGUAUCUGGGUCUCUCAGUGAUGCACUAAUGACGGACGAUCCUGCUGAGCUGUCCAAUCAGAUUACAGCACCAGGCAUUCUGAAGAUAUUUGGCAGUGAGAUUUGCCAGGGUGCCAACUACAAGAGUGUUCUGGCAACAACACACUCAAGUGCUAAGGAACUGGUCAAAGAAGCCCUUCAGAGGUACGGUCUGAACAAGGAAGAGGCAGAGUCAUAUGUGCUCUGCGAUGCCAUUGGCUACUUGGGUGAUCACCAAUGGAGGACGGAAUGCUUCCGGGUUGUCGGUGAUAAUGAGAAGCCCCUCCUCCUGCAGUCGCUAUGGAAACCCAAGGAGGGGUUGGCGAGGCGAUUUGAGAUCCAGAGGAGAGCCACUGUGGAGGAAAAGAGAUCCCAGGACAAGGACACUGUCACUGCUGGCAUCAAUGCCCAGGCUCGUAAACUCCAGAAAAGCCGCUCGCGAGUCAACUCUUCCCUGGUUGAGAGGGGUGUGUACAUGACCUCUGUGUUGGAACGGGGUGUGUGUGGAGGGCAGAAUCAAUCUGAAUGGGGUCCCGGUCUGUGGAGGAGCCAGAGUGAAGCAGACCUCUCAUGCCAGCCCACAGAGACACAGCAGAACCAUCAACAAAGCGCCACAGGGCACCACAGUCCGAAUCUUGACUUUAGUCAAGGUGAAAACCCAAAUCACAGUAAGAACUAUGACCAGAAAGUGGAACGUAAGCACAAGUGGAACCCCAGUCAGAAUCUCAAACCUAGGGUCCAAGAGAGCGACGUUGAUGCCGAGCUUGUCCUUCUGGAGGAACCUGGAUCAGAGACCGGCAUAGAGCCCCUCUGUCUGUCCCCUGAUAUGGAGAGGGAAGAGACGGAGAGCAGCGGUGAUCAAGUGACACUGUACUCCAUUCACCCCCCCAGUGACUGCCCCUAUCUACUACUGCUACAGGGCUACAGCCCCAGACAGGAUUUCAUCAUCUACCUGUUAAACGGUUCAGACACUGUUAUAGGUCGAUGCAAUGGCGAGGAGGAGGAGAGGUCAAAGGCUGACGUCUUGCUCCCCGCCCCAGACAUCCUACCUCGUCACUGCCGUUUCCAUCAUUAUGACAACAAUGAUAAAGGGGGUUCCAGUGUCUGGCUCCACCCUCUCCAAAGCGCCCUGGUAACACGGAAUGGAGAGACACUGUCUAAAGAGGCGGAGCUUAGUCCUGGAGAUGUCAUCGGAAUGGGACGUCACUACCUGUUCUUGUUUAAGGACCCCACUGCCUGGUUUGUUAUGAAGAAAGUAGCAGACCGCACUCCUCAUGAUCCCAAGCUCACAGUUACCCCUGGUGUCCUGCCCCGAGUCACAACAACACCUACCGGUGAACCUGCGCUCUGUAACACAUGCAUCUCAGCUAGAGGGGAAUCUGAGGAGACCAAAGAAAUAGGGUCUACAAGGGCACCUUGCCUGAUAGACCCAGAGGGUCGAGACCUGACCCAAUUCUACGAGUUGGUGCACGAGGAUGCUGUCGUGAAGGAAAUCAUUGCCAUUGGUAGUGUCCGUGGACGUGGCCCGGUGUUGACCAUAGCUUUCCUGCUGUGCGUCUGUCUCGAGCAUUAUGCCACCCACCUCCAAACUUCAGACCUCCGCAGACUACUGCUGCUCAUUGCCAGCGAGGUCCAGAACGACAUGUGGGAACACACAAAAGACCUUGCUGCUGGUCAACCUGAAGUUCUCUGUAGUGUCCAAGAGAAGCAACCGUCUCUCAGCCUGAGGAAAGUGAUUGCAGGCUUGCGCCCCAUGGUGGUGUGGAUGUCCAAUGUCCUGGAGCUUUUGUAUUACAUCCAACACCAGCUACCGCAAACACUGCUCUGGAGAACACACAGAGAACAUGGGCUGGAGGGUGUGGAAGAUGAAGAUGAAGAGGAUGAAGAGAGGGAGGAGGAGAGUUUAGCCUUGUUAGAGAUGAGACUGUCGUGUGUGAGGUCAGCCAGUGAAGAAGCCAUGACAGUUCUGGAGGAAGUGAUCAUGUUGACCUUUCAACAGUGUGUCUACUACCUCACCAAGGCUCUGUACCCAACCCUGCCUAGGCUGCUGGACUGUGACUCAUUCUGUGAGAGAAGUGGGUUCCUGGGUAGCAGUGGUGUGCAGGUUUCUGGGGAGACACAGCAGGUCUUGGAGGUCCUGACAGAGACCAGCAGACUGCUACAGGACUGCCAGUUGCACCGUGAGAUGUCCUCCCAGCUCCUGGCCUAUCUUUUCUACUUCAUCAAUGCCUCGCUGUUCAACACACUCAUGGAGAGAGGUUCAGAGCUUGACUUCUACCAGUGGUCCAGAGGGAUUGGUAUCAGAGCUAACCUAGACCUACUUCAGAACUGGGCCCAAAUGUCUGGGUACGGUCUGGGGGAUUUGGUUGUGGAGUAUCUACACACACUCUCCUCCGCAGUGAACCUACUGGCAACACCCAAGGAAAAACUACUGCAGUCCUCCUGGGUGUCUCUGCGAUGUGGGUUCCCCAGCCUGAGUCCAGCCCAGCUCCACCACCUGCUGACAGGCUAUAGCCCAGCAACCCCCUGGCCCCCACACUGGGCCCCUUCUGAUGACGACCAACUUGCUGCACACAACACUGCUGAUAUUCUGGAAAGAUUUGACAGCCACCCUCCCCUGGUGUUACCCAGCUCUGGUUUCAGUCUAGAGCUGAGGAAAGAGGUGACAGACUCAGGCCUGGCUGGACAGCUCAAGAGGCUACAGGACUUUAUCCACAGCCUGUCUCUUAAAGAGACCCGGAAAAAGGCCACUCCUACCCACACAGAACAGCCAAGCCCCUCCAUCCACAGUGAUCUGGGCUCCUGUGGAGCCUUGUUGACCCAGAAGUUGAAGAGUCUGGAGCUCCAGUCCAGAAAGACAGACCUAAGCCCCCUCACCAAGAGGUCAGCCCUGGACCCGUCUUGUCUCCUUACGCCUCCUAACACCCCCCACUGCCUGGAGCUGUUUGACCCAGAGACUGAGCAUCGGGAGGGGGGUGGUGGUGGAGACAUGAGCCUGGGAGAAGAAGAUGAGAAAGAGGAAGAAGAGAUGGGAAAUGAUGAAGAGGUGUUUACUUUGGAACUACAGAGAGGAGCUCGAGGGUUGGGAUUGGCCCUGGUGGAUGCAAGGGACCCGCUGCUGAGGCGGAGAGGUGUCCUGAUCCGCGCCGUGGUACCGGACUCUGCUGCGGCACGCUGUGAGAGGUUGCGUCCAGGAGACAGGAUUCUAGCAGUCAACGGAGUCAGUCUGUUGGGACUUGACUACACCAGUGGUAAGGAUCUGAUCCAGUCUUCGGGGGAGAGGCUUAGGCUGCUGGUGGCCCGGUCAGUGUGGACAACGAGCACUAAAGUCAGCAUUUAGUGGACUUACCACUGCUGAAAGGGCUUCAACACAAACUAUACAGUGGACCAACAAGAGCUCUACAGGAAAAGCAAUAAGGAGAAGUGCACUUUAGACACUGACAGUUCAGGACAGCCUAUGAAGCAACAAACUAAUGGCCUUGUUGUUAAUUUUUUAUUUAUGUGCUCAUAAGGUCUGCAGAUGUCACAAUCACACGUGUAUACUGGGGUUGGGGUUGUGUAGAUUCACAAAUAAAUGCAACACAAUUUCAGAAACUAUUUACUCAGUGCAGAUUUCUAUAGAAAUCCAAGAAGUCAUAGACUUUCCUACCUUACAUGAUCAGCAGCAGGUUGCACAUCUGUGCAUGGCUUUCUGCAACCAAUGGCCAUUAGGAUGUCUUUCUACAGUAUGUAGCCAUCCACAUGAGCCACUUCAAGUGGUCUUGGGACAUUCUGCUUCUAAGUGUCUUCCUCACAAACUUCAGGGUUGAGGUUUUUGCACUGCGACGUUUGUUUACCGGUUUUCUCACAGGGUCCAGGAUUUCCAUCUUCUUUCUCACAGUUUUCAGAUAUAUAACAAGAUCUGACACUGUAUUCACCCAGAGAUGGACACUUUAUUCUAAUCCACUGUGUUGCUAAGGUUGUCAAUUCAACUUGUUGAAUUCCAGCAGUGGUCCUAUCAUCAAACUUGACCAGUGAUGGUAUUUGACUCAAUUUAACAUGUUAAAAUAACACAAUUUGACGUGUCAAAUGAGAAACAGAUUGUAGAACUAAAAACAAUAAACCAGCAACUGGAGUCCAUUUCAGAAGAUUUUAGCAAUGUUUUUGCUUCAUGUGACCUUUUUUGCUUGUUCUAGUAAGAAAGUUAGCUGUCCCAACUGUUAACUGUCCCAGCUGAACAGAUAAUGAGCUAAAGCCUAAUUUCUCAAACAUUUUUGUGCCAGGGACAGAAAAAAACAUGGCCUUAAUCCUCUGUGGACUUCUUGCAUAAGAUAAAUGUUGGCAAUAUACACUCACCUAAAGGAUUAUUAGGAACACCUAUUACAUUUCUAAUUAAUGCAAUUAUCUGA